CUCGUGGGAGCAGUCGAGACGGCGAGGCCACAUCACUCCACUCCCACUCCCUUGACCCCCCCGGUCACCUCACGCGAACGGACGGACGGACGCAGACGCCGUCCAUGGCGCUCCAGAGCUGCCACCACCACCACCCCCCUCUCCCGGAGUGGGAAGACUGGGGCUGGGGCUGGGAGGAGCUGCUGCGGUGCCAGCUCGGUGACGCCGCCCGAGACGGCAUUCAUGGCGCCUUCCCGUUCCCGGCCUUGGCCCCGUUAGGUGGCGCGGAGGAGGAGGAGGAGUCGCCGGUGUCGUCGUCGUCGAGCGGCGGGGGUGGAUACCUGGAGGACGCCGUCGCGCACUGGGGCGACCGGAGCAAGCGGCAGAGGACGGAGGCGGGGGCGGCAGAGGCUCCGCCGCGGUGCCCGGCCAUGGCGAGCGAGGACCUGCAGUGCCUCCUUCAGAGCUUCUGGGAUUCCAGCAGCAGCGAUGGAGAUCUCCUCCACGAUCUCAACACCAUGGCCCCGGCCCCGGAGACCAGCGGCUUUGUCUCAGGGGAGGGCGCCGCAUCGGGCAGGGAGGGGGGCCGGAGCGCGGCAGCGGCGGCGGGGCCCCCUCCGCCCUUCUCCGCCACGGCGGCCGCCGCUGCUCCCCGGCCACCACUGCAAAAGGCUACUACAGGCAGCGGCAAUUACUACUGCGGCCCGUCGUCCUCCUCGUCCUGCUCCUCGAUGGCAGGGAGGAAGGAGGGGGUGCUGUACCCGUUCGCCGUGGUGAGGCCGCUGGUGCUGGACGGCGACACGCUCAGCGACGUCAACCGGCGGAUCCUGAAGCGGCCGGCGAGGCCGGUGCGGCACCCCGUCGGCGAGUUCGCGUGCGGCCCCGCCGUCUCGUCGCCCCACGGGCCGGGCCUGUCCGGGAAGGCGGUCGUCAGCCUCACCAAGAUCAGGACCGGAGGGAAGGGCACCAUAACCAUCAUCAGGACUAGAGGCUAGGCUUAGGCUCACUGACUCUAGUUUUUCAACAAGAAGAAGGAGAUGAUGCUGGAGCGAAUGGGUUUUAGAGGAAGUGGACAAAUCUUCUCAUGAUCACCUAGUACUACAGUAGUUCUUGUAAAUACAUAGUAGGUCUUCUUCUAACCUCUCUGAAGAAAAUAAGAAGCAGCCUAGCAUUGCA